GAAAUUUCGAAUACAAGGUUUUCCAGGUACCAUCACCUAGACAUGAGAUGAAUAUUCAUUACUAAACUUCUCUUAGAACAAUCAAUUGUACGCACAUAAUAUUUUAAUGGCCUCCAGAAACAAUGAUAUUUAUUAUAUAGCCUCAUCAAUAGUGACCUCUGUUGUUUUUUUCGGUGUCUGAAAGUAGGGGGAACCCCCAAAAAGUGAAAUGAUGCCUGAAGAUAUAGUUAGGUUUUUAGAUAUCUAUUUCUUUCAAAUGAAAUCCACUUUUACUUUAAUUGAUGAAAUAUUGAAAAAUUGAUAAAUCAGUGUUUGCUGGCUUUGAAUUAUUAAUAUUGUAUUUCAGAUUCUACUCUUCAUACUAUAUCCGUCAUGUCGGAAAGUAGCAGCGAUGUCGUCAUUUCUCAGCAGAAAUCUGCAAGACCGCCAUCAAUAGCUAUUGGAAUUAACGUGGAAAAGCCGAAGUUUCCGCAAUAUGCAGUCUACUCGAAGAGAAUGGAAUCUUUUGAGUCUUGGCCAGAAUACAUUCCGGUAAAGAAGGAUGAUCUUGUCGAAGCAGGAUUUGUGUACACAGGAGUUGGUGAUAGUGUAAAAUGUUACUUCUGUGGUGGUUGGCUGUGGGAUUGGGAGCAGGAUGAUGUACCAAUGGAGGAACAUGUGAAAUGGUAUCCAAAGUGUCCAUACAUCAAUUCAGUUAAGGGUCCGGCAUAUAUUGAGAGACUUCGGCGUGGAGAAAAACCAGAGAAACCGUCGCAAGCACAGACUAACUCAGCUUGUACUGCCCCAAACCAUCUUGAAUCUGUUGCCGCACGUUAUUGUAUUGGAUUUGGUUACUCUAAAGAAAUGGUUCAGAAAGCAAUUGAUAUUUUUAUUGAUAGACAUGGUAACAGUGACUUUAAAGCGUCACAUUUAUGUGAACUUUUGAUGGAUCUUGAAGAAGAAGUAGAACAGUUUACACAAGGAGAGAAGGUGGUUGCCAUUCCAUCAUAGCAAGACUGUUCUGUUUUAAAUAGGCGAAGAGUAAAAUACUACAAUUAUAGUUUAAUUGUAAAUAUGUAUAUUUUGCUGUGUUACUUUAUUUAAUUGGUUGACAUUCUCUGACAAAAGAUCGAGUGUUGAACUACAAUUAUAUAUUCUAGUUGUGAAGAUGCAUUUAAUAUGGAUUACGAUUAUUGUGUUUAUAAGGUGGACAAUUGCAUGCUUGUUUUAACAUUAGAUAUAUUGCUGGCUAACUAUGUUAAGGGACUUUUUUCAGAAGUAGAAGAAGUAAUGUUACCCUUAAAUUUUUAGGAAAAUUAACACAGUUCUUUCGCCGAAUGGAAUUUCGAGUAAAAUGUUGAUUUAAAUUCAAUUUUUGGAAAAACUCCAUUAUUCAAAAAAAAAAUAAUCCUGAGGAUAAGCAGUCUUCCCUGCUCCAGAAAUUAUAAGUCCUGUAUGAAUAAAUUUAUUAUUUUACAUUUAUUUGUCAUAACUAACAUAUCGAACAUAUAACAUAUCUUUUACUCUGACAUUGUUCGCAGCGUGCUCGUCGCGUCAGAGGCAGUUAUAUCAGUUUCUAUUCAAUAAAAUUGUUUAAAAACUGGUAAGUUACUAUAACAGCGAAACAUUAAAAUAUCAACUGUUAGUUCUACAUAGAAAAUUAUUACUUUACUUUUCUCCAAUAGAAUGUUGAAUUUAUAAUAAGUUUACAUGUCAAUUAAACAAGAAAUACUGUAUUUGAAUAUUAUAUUAUUUUUAUUUCGAAUUUUCUUAAGUGUCACAGUAUAGUAUUAUUUUACAAUCACGCUUUUUAUUACUUGGGGAUUAUACGCCUCUUUUCAUGGAAUGGCAUGGAAGUGUCACAUUUAAGGUUCCAUGAUAACCGCCGUAUGAACACAUAUGCAGAUGUUUCUAAAUUCAAAACUUUACCAUUUCAUGUUUAAAUGUUGAAUUCCGCUUAAGCCGUUGCUAGGGGGCGUGGACGGUAACUUGCAUUUUCCAGUGCCGUCCAUCAAACCGAACCUGCAACAUUUUCAAUUUUGCCGUGUUGGGCUUAAUUUAAGGAAUCUGUAUUUUUCUAUUUUCUUUGUUAAAUUCAAAUAUUACGUAACAAUUGUUUUUGUCUACCAGCAAAUAUGUUAAAAUAAAGACCUCUGUUUGCUCGUAUUAUGAAAAAAUCAAAUAAUUGUUGGUAAAUGCUUAAUGCAAUACAUACUUUUUUGGUGUUGUUUGAGCCAUAUCGUCAUUGAUGUUUCUGUAUUUUCUAGUGCAUAACCUACAAGUCUAUUUUAUAAUGUGAUUUGAUAUACCGAUGAAUCAUGUCAACAAAAUGCUUGGAAUAAAGAUAUAAAAUUUUA